AUGGAGCCAUCCUGCCCAGAGGUGCAGACCCAAGGCUGUGGGGCCUCUCCUCAGCUCUCCCUGAGGAAUCUCUAGAAGAAGCACAGUGAGAACCAGGGGAGUCUUCUCUACUUUGACCAGCAAGCCCCAAACCCCAUCUCUACCUCUCCCACUUUGAGGAGAUUAAGGAGCAAUGGCUGCGGGACUUCACGCUCACUGUUUCAGCAAGAGACCUUGGAAAUGCCCACUGGGAAGGAAGCUGAAAGCUGGAAGGAGCCUGCAGUCUCCAAGAGUCUACAUGGAAGCCCAGAGAAUUCUUCACACUCCCUUUUGCCCUCGAGAUCAAGAAUGCCUCCAGACCCCAAAAGGGCCCUCAACACAGCUGACUCAUUUGAACCCCAUCCUGCGCUUCAGUCCAUCAGUGAGGGGUCUCUUCCUCGGGCUCCUCUUCCAGAUAAAGGAGGCCCCUCACGGCCCAGCCCUGCCACAUGGCCUCCCGGUUCUCAGAUGUCUGCUCGGGAAUUUGGGGUGGAUCGGAGCAAAGCUGAGAGGUCUAUUUUUAGACCUGAUUUCCGGGAAAAGCACUGCAGCCCUCCAGGUGGGGAAGGAGGGGGUCUCCCCUGGGGUCUCCUGGUGUCUGAAGGAGCCGCCCAUUCCCUGUGCCACCCACUUCUGCUACUGAACUCAGAAUCCAGAAAGCCAAGAUGCCCUUUCUCCAAGAGAGGACAAGGCAAAGACAAACAGCAUCUCUCCUAUCUGAAAAGCUGCCUGUCCUCUGUGAAGAUUACAGACUUUGGAGCCCGUGAUUUCUCCCAUGUACAGGAUAAAACCUGGAAUGAAGUCAUGGAAACACAUCAGAAACUUCCCACCGACCAAUUAGACUUCAGAAAGCAGCAAGAGGCCAUGUGAGAACACUUCACAAGUGAAUGCACUUAUUUCUUGGACCAUUUAUUAGUUCUUAAGAUGAUCUUCAUGAAUACAUUAAAAUAUCUACAAACUCAUGAAUAUCUCCUGGAUGUGGCUGUAUGGAGACUUUUUACAAACCUAGAGGAGUUGAGUCAGAUGAGUCACAGUGGGGUCACAGCUCCUGCUGAUCCCAGAGUUCCUCAACCGCUGUCUUUUGAGAGCCUGAGGCAGAGAGAUGACUUUGGAAUUUAUUUGAAGUGGUGUGAGCAAAAUGAACAGCGAGGACAGCUGCUCUCGCCUUCAGCUGCGAGUGGGCCCCCCUGGAGGCUGACUUGCUAGCCCUUGUUGCUGAAGAAUGUCUGGAAACAGAGUAAAGACUCUCCAGAGGAAAUCAUGACCCACCUAUCAAGGAACAGCCAUACUGAACCCACGCACAAAGCAAAUGGGGGGGAUCUUGAGUGAAAAGUGGAGUGGCUUGACAAUUUCCAAAAAUUGGGACAUCUAUAGGAGAUUAUAAUGUGGCCUCCACUAUAGGGUAGUGAUAAAAUAGUCUUCAUUCCAGAAUGCUUGGAACAUAUUUUUAAUGAACACACAGCAGAAAACAUCUUGUCACUAACCAAAAGACCCCUUCUUCUUGAAGAAAAAUUAAAAACCUCAAAAAGCACCAGAUUCCUAGAUGUUUAUCUGUUACUCUUUGUUAUGAAAACUGAGAGCAACAAAAAGAAACUUGGAGGCUCAGACCCUGGUUUACUGUGUCCUUCACUCACUCCUGAGCUGCAAAUAGUAAUAAGAGGGGGUACUUAGUGUACAGUAGUUGAUCAGCGUUCUUGUACUGAGAAUCUGGAUUUCACAUUAAUGGAUUUCUUUCAUCUUUGUAAUCUCUUUCCAGCAUUCCGGCCGAGAAAUGCUUUCCUGGUACAACAUGAAAACAGGUAUGGACAGUAUAUAGCACCUUUCUUAUUACAAGCCCAAACGGAAAACAUCAGAGAAAUGUGGACGGCACAAGUAACAGCAGCGGUCUCUUGCUUCACCAAGAAUCAGGAAACCAAGAAUAUCUUUACAUUGCCUGCAGAAUCCUCUGACAUUUAG